AUGCUUCAAGAUCUACCCGUAGAGGUAAUACAACAGAUCAUUGGCCACUUGCCUACCGCUUCAUCAAUCAUCAACCUCUCGCUGGCAAACCACAAGAUCCAUUCGAUUAUUUCAGCAGAUGACUAUAGUGUCUUUCGAACAUUUGUGCAAAGGGCUUUCCCAACAAUCGAUUCACCACCAUAUUGGCAAGAUGUCGCGCGCACCUUGACGUCACGAUCGCGAGCCUGGGACCGCCGGGCUUUCGUCGCUAGAGAAUGCUGCCCACCGGCUGAUAAUAGCGAGCAUCCACGCCCACAAACUCCCGGUCUUCCAGUAGGCUAUCGACCAGCCAUCGAUAGCUACGAGACAUGGCAGGGAGGGUCAUGGACAGACCGGAAAGAAGUGCUUGCGUGGGGAGCAGCGGGGAGAUUGCAGCUUCGAACUAUUCACAACGGCGUGACCACUUGGACCUCAUUCAGGGUCCCAGAAGAUCACAGACAAGACCUGGAUAUUCUGGAUGUAAGACUUUUGCGUCCCGAUCAGAAUCAAAAUUUAGAUGGCGAGACAAUCGUCCUUCAAAGAGCAAACCGCGAGGUCGUCCGUGUCGAGACUUCCUCGCACCCCGACAUCUUCACGCAAAAGUCUCGCUAUACCAACCUCCCUAACGAGUUCACCUGUCUAGAUAUCAGUCAGAAUCCCGAGCCUCUCCUUGCAGCUUGUGGAGACAGCUGCAUCAAUAUCUAUACGGUUCACAGUCCAGACCAAGCUGCGCGGCCCAUGAGCUCCUUUAAGGUGGAAGAAAGGCACAAGCUUCGAUCAAGGAUGCGAUGUGUAAAAUUUCUGUCCGAAAACACGAUUGCAACUGGCAACCAAUUCCUCGAAGGACGCGAACGUGCACCGAUCAGUAUCUACGACAUUACCCCUAGUGGUCUUUCUCCGACACCAGUUGCUGCAUCAAUGUCCUUCACCGAGUCCAGUCAUCCGUGGGCGGGCCGCCAUAGCGCCAAUACCAUUGCCCCACUAGGUGACGUGGGAUUCAGCGGAAGCCGUCCUCAACAGUUGUUCCUGUCCGGCUGGACCGACGGGAUCGCUCGACUCUAUGACAUUAGAGUCCCUCGGAGAUCGGUAGCGGAGUACGUUGAUCCCGUAGACGACGGGCAAAUCCUUUCUCUCCUCCCAGUUGGCCACGAACGCUUCUUCGCCGGCAGCCAUCAGAACGGUUGUCUGAAGUCCUUUGAUUUCCGCAUGCCGGGAGCUAGGGCCUACUCGUAUUUAAAUGCGCGACCACCUCAGACUGUCAAGCGUCCGACGCCGCAGAGAGACAUAAACAUCUUUCUCACUCCGACGGUCAACAUUGGUGAACGACUCUGGGAACCACUCCCACGUCACCCUCGCAAACGCUCUCAGCGCUACCGGGGUAGCGUCUAUUGUCUGUCGAGCCCUUCAUCAACCUCGCCUACAAUCUUUGCCGGAAUUGAGAACCACGUAUUACAACUCGACUUUGUUUCCACGGAUGACUUCCGCAAAGCUCACAGACACUUGGGAGCUAGCGAUCCAAAUGUCGACAUCGUGCAGGACGAGAAGGAUCAGAUCACUGGAGAUCAUAUAUUGAACUUUUCAUGCUAUGAGAGACCCAGAGAAGGCAAGGAAAGUACGGAUCCCGUUCUACUGAGGAAUCAAACGGACCUGGUGGACGAAUUGGUGGACGGCAGCAUGCACAGUGCCGGGCGAAGGGAAGACGGAUGGGACGAACGAUGGCGGUUGAACACGUCUGGCAAAGAUCGUGGGCACAGGGAAUCAGGAUGGCGCUCUUUGAGGCGACCGUCAUGGAGUCGUCGGAGCCGAUAG